AUCAUAGCUGAUACUCAGUAAUGGCAGCUAAAGUUUGCGAACGCAAUUCUUCGUCGAAAUCGGAAUUUUCGACGGCUUCUCGUACCAUACGAUCGCAAUGACCCGUUUCUGCUAAUCGGGCAAUACAUUCCAUGCAACGGGAACGAAUCUGUACAUCAUCAGAAUUUCCUAGUUCUCUUGCAACAACAUGUGAUAAAACAUCGAGAUCGUUUUCAUAAAAUAAUUCUUUAUACAAUGUACCGUGUCCAGCAAUGUCUAUGAAAAACUUGAGCCGGCGAUCACUUGUUUCCUCAUUUACAGCUUUUACCAGGAGCUGUCCAAGAAGUGGACAAGGAUUCGAUUCAAGUGCGAGAAUAACAGCAUUACUAUAGGCUUCCGGGAUAAGGAAGCUAAAGUUCACCAUGAGAUCCAAUAUCUCCGACGGAUGCACUUUUAACUGACCAACUAUUUUCAUGAAGAAGUUGCAAUCGAAGAACUCGAAAUGAUUAAGUGGAGGGGGUCUAUCAGUUGAAUAAAUCUUCGUGAGCAAUUUUAUGGCGAUAAGGUGCAAGUCAGUCAGGUUACUAUCAAUUGUUUGAAAUUCCGAAGCCAAUACUUCUGGAAGUCGUGAGUUGAGAAGAAAAGGAAUAAGACUGCGACAAGAGUCGACGAGUGCGGCGAUACAACACAAUCCUUCAUAGCGAACACUUUCGUUCUGAUCCUAAAUGAAGCAACAGUAAAAUAUAUUAUAGUCUUAUUUGUUAUUUGUAUCUUUGUUUACCCCAACUACAAUAAGAUAGUAGCAGUACUUAAGACGUGUUCCACUAACCAUGUGAUACACAUUGAUGAGAUGGUUCAGCCAUUCAAAAUCGUCCGCUGUGAUUAUUUUCAAAACUACUGCUGAAUCAGUCUUCGUCGCGCAAUCGGAGAACGCACGAAGGUACUUGAUGAGUAUGUUGUCAUCUUGCUCACUGGAGAAGCUGAGCUCAUCUUUUUCGUUGA